UGAGUAGAUCCAAGCUGUCAGUCAUAGCUCGUUCUUUUCAAGCAGUGCAGCGAGCAAGGUGAAUUGCAGCGUCUAAAAGCUCAAUUUACUGUACCUUGUAGCACGGGCAGCUCGCUAAACGAUUGAACAUGACAUCUACACAGAGACUUGCAGAUGUCUACCAGAUAGUGACCUCUGUCGGAGAUCCCCGUCUGCAUGAAUGGCCGCUGAUUGCGACUCCAUGGCCUUGCUUAUCCUUGAUGGCAAUGUAUCUGUUCAUUGUUAAAGUUGGACCAAAGUUUAUGGAGAAUAGAAAGGCUUGGGACCUCCGAGGUGUCCUUGUGGUGUAUAACUUUGCGCUGGUUCUGCUCUCUGCAUACAUGGUUUAUGAGUUUAUUGCCUCUAUUCUGAGUAUUCCUGAGUUCAAUCUGAUGUGCCAAGAUGUCAGUUAUGAGGAAGACCCCCGACUAAUGAGACUAGCAAGAGUUUGCUACAUCUACUACUUGUCUAAAUUUGUUGAAUACUUUGAUACCUUCUUUUUUAUCUUACGCAAGAAGAACAACCAAAUAUCGUUCCUUCAUGUGUACCACCAUGCCUCCAUGUGCCUUCUGUGGUGGAUGGUGUGUAAGUGGAUUGCUGGUGGUGUUUCAUACUUUGGAGCUGCAUGUAACAGCUUCAUCCAUGUCAUCAUGUACUUAUACUAUGGCUUAUCAGCUAUGGGACCAUCUGUACAGAAGUACCUCUGGUGGAAGCGCUACCUGACCAAAAUGCAGUUGAUUCAAUUCUUGGCCCUCAUUUAUAUGGCUGUCUAUGCACUUUGGCACGAUGGCUGUGGAACACACAAGUUCUUUCAGUGGGUGCAGUUUGGCUAUGGAAUGUCUCUCCUGGUUCUGUUUUCAAAUUUCUAUUUGCACACUUACCUUAAGAAACCAAGCAAAAAAGAGUAAAAUUAGUUGAAGAGGAAGUUUAGUAGUAGAGAGCAAACAAUCCUUGUGUUAGGUGAUCGUAAAUUGCAGUACUUUCUGCUUGUUUAUGGGACUGGAUCUUAAAUGACCAACACCUAUUUUACUUUUUCAAAUAACCAAUUGUGUUAUAUAUAUACAUCAUGCUAAAAUCAGGGAUGUUAAAUCUUUAGCAUUUAUUUUUUGUUAUCUUCCUGUCUAUUAUUUUACUGAUUGAAAUUUCAUUUUGUAUUUCUUAUAUUCGGAGGUAUCUCAUAUCGGAAUCUCUUUUUUCAAGUUCUGAGGCUUAAUAUGCCUGUAUUGAAUGCAAUACCAGUUGCAAGCAAAGAUACUGUAAUCUACAUUAAAGUGACUAUAGUAAACAUUAUAACUAGGUAGCAUUAUAUUUUACUUAACCUUAUUUUCCAUUUGAGGUCUUCUACCACUUGUAAAAAAGGUUUGACUCACCUUAGCUACAGAGGGAUCACACAUGUCUGGUUAAUAGCUGUGUUUAAGAUCUGUCGCUUGGGGUUUCACUUGAACUUCUUAUAAAACUAUUUCUCUUAAUUAGACUAAUGCUGUAUUCACACCAAACCCAUGUUUAGUUAAACAAGGUUUUUCUUUGCCUGAUAACUUGCCAAGUUUCUCAUUGUGUUGAAUUCUUACUAGCUAAAUGAUCACUUAGUAACAUGUACAGCACAGUCUAUUCAGUUUUGUUCAUGGUUCUUGAUUGAGAUUUGAACCAGUUUAAUUAAACCACCUUUAAACUGGUUUAAGUGCUGGUGUGAAUGCGGUAUAAGAAUUUAGAGACUGGUUUAAAACUAAAAUCGAAAGAUUAAACAAUAUUAUGGGCCUCGGCCAGUGUAGUAUUGGAAAAAAAGUUUUUUCCUCAUCAUAUUGUUAAUUAGGUUCUUCAAUAUUAUGAAAAGUGGACAAAUGUGUUUUAGAAAUAAAGUGUAAAAUUCCAAACGAAAAUUACCAUUUUCUCUAAUAAUUAAAUUUUGUUGAUCAACAUAA